AGUUUAUUCGGAAUGAAGAGGUGCGCUCGAUGUCAGGCCACCAUCCUCUCCUCGGAGCUGGUGAUGCGAGCGAAGGAGCUGGUCUUCCACGUUCACUGUUUCUCCUGCGAGGUGUGCAGCGCCAUCCUCACGAAGGGCGACCAAUUCGGCAUGAGAAACGGCUCCGUGCUCUGCAGACUCCACUUCGAAAUGCCGAUACCCGAAUCCAUGCCCCCGGGGAUGUUCCCCCCGGGAAUGCACCCCUACCCGCCCCCAUUCCCUAGUCCCGAGUUCCAUCACCACCCCUCCCUGCCGCCCCAAACGCCGGUGGAUCCUGUCGGUAAAGUUCCUCCCUUCUUUAACGGGGCGCCGACGACGCCGCGGCAGAAAGGCCGACCUCGGAAACGGAAACCCAAGGACCUCGAAGGCAUGACCGCAAAUCUAGAUUUAAAUUCCGACUAUCUGGACAUGUCGUUCGGUCGAUCGCCGGGCGGUCCUGGCCUCCACGGUGCCAGUCAAAGGACGAAAAGGAUGCGGACGUCCUUCAAACACCACCAGCUGAGGACCAUGAAAUCCUACUUCGCAAUUAACCAUAACCCCGACGCGAAGGACCUGAAGCAACUAUCUCAAAAGACUGGCCUCCCCAAGAGGGUGCUACAGGUUUGGUUCCAAAACGCCAGGGCCAAGUGGCGGCGGAUGAUGCUGAAGCAGGAGGGCAAGUCGGGAGAUAAAUGCUCCGUAUCUGAGAGUAUGAGCGAUAUGGAUCUGUACCCUCAUGGUCCAGCCUCGAUGGGCAGUAGUAUAUCAAUGAAUCCGCACAGUCCUCCAUUUAUCAUGCCUUCAGGUAGCCCAUCCUCGUUAGAUUGUUCAUGAAAAUAAGCCCUAGGCGAUUGUGGAAUAAAAAAAAUGUUAAAGCGAAGUAUUUAUUUAUGGUGACUACGAUUGUGAUGAACUAUUUUGAUACAAAUCGUGCGUCUUUUUAGUUGACAACGCUGAUUGACAGGGUGAGAUAAACACUCAUUAAAAUUCAUUCGGGAUUCGGAUACAGGGUGGCCCAUGAAAUUAAUGUGACUGUCUGUGUUAAAAAAAAUCAGAACCGUUGCAAUGGCGCACCUAUAUUGAAAUCUUUGAAAACAUUUAGCACCAAUUACUAACCACCCAGCGGUCUCAAUUUUUAUAGCUAACACCCCACAUGAUCGGAGUGUGGGUGAGGUAUAGCCUAUAAGGUAUGUCGUUGUUACACAAUGCCUAUUGACGUAAUAUUGCUUGUUGGCAGAAAGCGACCUUCUAAUCUCUAGGUACUGUGAAAGCCUGACCUGUUUCGCAAUAUCUAGCAAACAUUCAUCAGCAGAACC